UUCCGGCACAGAGGCCGGACGGAGGGUGGUGGUCCUGAGCCCCUAGGCCUACCCUAGGUGAAGUCUCUUCUCCUGUACUGACGUUCGGUUCGUUUCCAGCUCCCCCUCCCCCCGACUCCUCCGAGUCCCUGAAGCCGGGCUCUGAGCGCCUGGAGCGGAUAACCUUGUCGUGAUAACAAUAAUAAGUUACAUGCGAUACGGCACAAAUAGAAAUGGAAAAUCUGAUGAGUAGUUCAGCUCUCCCCCCACUAUUUGCAGAUGAUGAUGGCUCCAAGGAGAGCAGUGACCUGGCUGCAGCAGGGUUAGCCCAUCCAGAGGUUACAUACCCUGGUGGAGCCACACCAUCCACAAACAAUCCAGAUUUUGUGGAAGAUCUCUCCCAAGUCCAGCUGCUCCAGAAUGAAUCUUCAAAUACAGUAGACAAUAGUGAACAGCGGCAUGAGGAGGAGCAAAGAAAUAAACGAGGGGGUUGGUCUAAAGGAAGAAAGAGGAAGAAGCCGCUUCGAGACAGCAAUGCUCCCAAAUCGCCCCUCACAGGAUAUGUACGAUUCAUGAAUGAACGUCGAGAACAACUCCGAGCAAAGCGACCCGAGGUCCCCUUUCCAGAAAUCACGAGGAUGCUGGGCAAUGAAUGGAGUAAACUACCUCCUGAGGAGAAACAGCGUUACCUGGAUGAAGCAGACCGAGAUAAGGAACGUUACAUGAAGGAACUGGAGCAGUAUCAGAAGACGGAGGCCUAUAAAGUCUUUAGUAGGAAAGCUCAGGACCGGCAGAAAGGCAAAUCUCACCGACAGGAAGGAGCUCGGCAGGCUGCUCACGAGCAUGAGAAGGAAGUAGAUGUGAAAGAAAGGUCUGUUUUUGACAUACCUAUAUUCACAGAAGAAUUCCUCAACCACAGUAAAGCUCGAGAAGCAGAACUGCGGCAGCUGCGUAAAUCCAACAUGGAGUUUGAAGAAAGGAACGCAGCUCUCCAGAAGCACGUGGAGAGCAUGCGCACAGCCGUGGAGAAGCUGGAGGUGGAUGUGCUCCAGGAACGGAGCCGAAACACCAUCCUGCAGCAGCACCUGGAGACUUUGCGGCAGGCCCUGACCAGCAGCUUCGCAGGAGUGCCGCUACCUGGAAGUGGAGAGACCCCCACUGUGGAUACGAUUGACUCGUACAUGAACAGACUGCACAGUAUUAUUCUAGCUAAUCCCCAGGACAAUGAAAACUUCAUAGCCACGGUUCGAGAGGUUGUGAACAGGCUUGAUCGCUAGUGACUGGUGCUUUGGCUCUGAGACGUUCUGCAAGGGAUUCUGCUUGUGAGGAAUGAGAAGCCAUGAUGGAAACGGACUGCCUGGGGGUGGAAGGGAUCUGUGCAUGCAUUCCAGCUCUCUCACCCCUGGAAAGCAUUGGAGCACCUCGAGGUGUGUCUGGAUGCCCUUUCCACUCGUUUUUCUGAGGUUCUGAGAGUGCCCCAGGGCUCUCAGUGUCUCAGCUUCAUCUCAUUUCAGUUUAUGUUGCAGAGAAAAGGCAAGAUUCCUCCUGGGGGCACACAGAAGGGGCUUUUCUUGGCCUGCGGGCUCCUCCUGUCACUUGUUUUAAGCUUCCAUCACCAUGAACAGUUUUCCCCCCUUUGCCAGUCAGCAGUGCUCCAUGAGAGCUUCUCUUCUUCCAUGUUAUCCUGCUGCAACGUGGAAGCUCUGUGUUCCUUCAUCAGGGCCCUUUCUGCAUACUGACUGGAGUUGGUUGGUCACUCGUCCCGCUUCUGGCCCAUAUGAAUCAUAGUUUCCCGGGCUGCUCUCUUAAGUGUAUGCAGUGCUCCAAGGCCAGCAGAACUUCUGUUUCCCUCUUUUUUAGGGGAGCACUGUGAGCAAUAGCAGGAAAGCACUCAUCUUUCCUGUUUGACGCAUUGAAAGUUGUCAGCAGUUGAUCUUGCAUGGAAAGUGAGAAGUUGCUGUUCUUUCAUUUGUGCUGAUUCAUGGACUCAGCUGGGAGACUUCUCAUUUACAGAGAGAACUUAUUCAGCAUAGAUUCUCAUUCUGACAAAUGUAUGGAAAAGGUUCCCUGGCCUUUACCUUCCAUCUGUAUUCUUUAGAAAAGCAAAUUGAGGCAGAAGGGGCAGGCUCCUGUUCUCUCCCCACCUUGAUUUGUUUUUCAGCUGCAGAGGCAGCCAGAUAAAGAUUUCCACCUGCUUACCUCAGUCAUUCACGGAAGCACAAGCAGCCACUCUCCCACAUGGCAUUCAAGGAAGGAAUCGGGCACUUGUCAAGAACCGCCGUGUGGGGCUCUUGGAUCUUGGCAUUACACCAGCUUGUCUUUCCAGUGCAUCCUUUACCUGUUGAUUUUUGAUCUCUUGAGGAAAGAAGAGAUGCCCCCACCCACCCCAGUACACACUCCCUUAUAUUUUUUAUUUGCAUGGCAUUAAGACUCUUCAUUGUGGCUUGAAAGACUACCACCAAGCAGCUUAGUUGGUUCUGUUGUCCAAGGACCAACCUAGAUUGCUAUGGAGUGGCCCAUGAGCCGGCGUUAACUGGUGAGUUGUUUGAGUGAGGUAACUCCAUUAAAGGAUUAUGGGGGGAGCAUUCUCACUGUUCCCUAUUCACAUAAGCCAGCCCUGCCGUGAUAGAAAGCGGAAGUCCGUCAUGGUCUAGCUUCAUCAAGAAAACAUUAGCCAGCUUUUGAAUUCUGUGACAAGUAACUAAUUGCUUCUUUCCUUCCAUCAUCUGGCCCCUCCUCCCCAUAUCUCUGGUCCCACUGUUGAUGGCCUUGGUCCCAUGCAUGCCUCAUGUUUAUAAAGUAUUAAUAAGUAAGAGAUUGUCUCCAGGGGGAUGACAGACUUCAUUAGAGCUUUGAGCUUUCCUUCAGGUACUUGGUCUCUGCUCCUCUGGCCUCCAGGCAGUAUCCCUCUUGGGACCCCCACUCUUUUCUCUUCCCUGUUCCCUUUUCCCUCAGCUUUCAUUGUUGUAAAACUUCCCUGGCAGUACUUUGUGACCCAGAGCAGCUGUAACUUUGGGGCAGAGUUGAUCUUUGCCCCAACUAGAGAUAGGGUUUGGGCGUGACAGUGACGUGAAGCGUCUUCAGAGUCAGUGAUACAGAAACCUUACACAUAGGGGUGCACACACGUGCAGUUACACACCCAGCCAAUGCAGAAGCUUCACCUAAUUGGCUCACAUGGUCUGUCAGAUGCUUUGGAGCUCCAUGAGGUGACAGCAGAGUUUGAUCCCUGGUCCUGUCUCCCACUGAUACAGACAUGACUCUUCUUUAUUAGGAAAAAAGUUAUUUUUGUCUUGUUUUUUUCUUGUCAUGAUGAAUUUUGCUUUCUCCAUGUUAUAUAUUUUCCCCCAUUGUUUAAAAAAAAAAAAAAAAACUCCCAGGGGAGGCAGCUCUGGGGGGCAGAGAGUCAAACAAAAGGUGUUUUCUGAAGUGAAGAGAAAAAGUCACGUGUUGUCCCUGUGUCUGAAAUGGUUGAAAUGCCAAGUUUUCCGUACAAGUGUCUUUGUAAUUAAGCUUCUAGAUUUUCUUUGUUUGAUUCAUUAGAAGUUGAUGUACUUGCUUGACAUUUGUUUCAUUAAAACUUUUCAACAGUGAA